UCAGCAUCCUUGCCCUCAGUGGUGUAUUUCCUACAUUGAUCACUAGAGGGCUCUAGUUCACAGUAAAUGAGAAAUGCAAUUUCCUGAACACUUCAGAGGUGGGCGUACAGCUCAAAUCUAUCAUAUUUGUUAACUAUGAGUUUUAUUUGAGACUCACAUGCUCCUCACUUUCACUGUGGAGUAGGAACAUCAGUUUUAGAGCUUGCUGGUUGUAAUGAAAUAAAGAAAACUGUUCAAACUUCACUGAGUCAUUCCUAGUCUCCAAGUAAGUCGAGUUUCUUCAAGUGGCAUUGAUGAAAACAGAAGAUGACCAAAGAACUGUUCCAUUUCAAGGUAAGGACGCAGAGGUGACCUGGAGAACAUGUCUAAGGUGGAACCCUCCAAUGGGCACAGCAGGCCUCUGGACAUCGUACCCAGCACAGAGGAGAAGAUGACAGAGAGGGGUCAGUGGGGCAACAAGCUUGAGUUUGUUCUGUCGGUAGCUGGAGAAAUUAUUGGCCUCGGGAACGUGUGGCGUUUCCCCUACCUUUGUUAUAAGAACGGAGGAGGUGCCUUCUUCAUCCCAUACCUCAUCUUCUUAUUUGCCUGUGGAAUCCCAGUCUUCUUCCUCGAGACAGCCUUGGGUCAGUACACCAGUGAAGGAGGCAUCACAUGCUGGAGAAAAAUCUGCCCACUGUUUGAAGGUGUGGGUUACGCCACUCAGGUGAUUGUUGCUCUGCUAAACAUUUACUACAUCAUUGUGUUAGCCUGGGCCAUCUUCUAUCUGUCCAACUCCUUCACCUGGGACCUACCCUGGGCCUCAUGCAACAACACAUGGAACACAGAUUCCUGUAUGGCAUUUCAGAGGGGGAAUAGCUCCAUCAAUCACCAUGAGAACACCACCUCUCCUGUCAUUGAGUUCUGGGAGCGAAGAGUGCUGAGAAUUUCUGCUGGUAUUCAUCACAUCGGCUCUCUGAAUUGGGACCUGGUUAUUUGUCUGGCCAUUGCGUGGGUCAUCUGUUACUUCUGCAUCUGGAAGGGAGUCAAGUCUACUGGCAAGGUAGUUUACUUCACAGCCACCUUCCCUUAUGCUAUGCUAAUAAUCCUGCUCAUCAGAGGGGUCACCCUACCAGGAGCCAUGAGGGGAAUCCACUUCUACCUGUACCCUGACCUGGGUCGGCUGUCUGACCCACAGGUUUGGAUGGAUGCUGGAACCCAGAUCUUCUUCUCCUAUGCAAUCUGCCUGGGUUGCCUCACUGCUCUGGGAAGCUACAACAAAUACAACAACAACUGCUACAGGGAUUGCCUGUCCCUCUGUUUCUUGAACAGUGGAACCAGUUUUGUUGCAGGAUUUGCCAUCUUCUCCAUCCUGGGCUUUAUGUCCUAUGAACAAAAUGUACCCAUCUCAGAAGUGGCUGAAUCAGGCCCAGGUUUGGCCUUCAUAGCCUAUCCUCGUGCUGUGUCCAUGAUGCCAUUCUCCCCUCUGUGGGCCUGCUGCUUCUUCAUUAUGAUUGUCUUUCUGGGACUCGACAGCCAGUUUGUCUGUGUGGAGAGCCUGGUGACAGCCAUGGUGGACAUGUAUCCUUCCACCUUCCGGCGUAAAAACCGCAGGGAGCUCUUCAUCCUGGCUUUGGCUCUGAUGUCUUUCCUCAUGGGGCUCGUCAUGCUGACAGAGGGAGGCAUGUAUGUCUUCCAGCUCUUUGACUACUACGCAGCCAGUGGGAUGUGCCUGCUCUUUGUGGCUAUUUUCGAGACUGUUUGCAUUGCUUGGAUUUAUGGUGCUGACCGUUUUUAUGACAACAUAGAGGACAUGAUUGGCUAUCGACCCAGCCCUAUAAUCAAAUACUGCUGGCUUUUCUUCACUCCUGCAACAUGUUUUGGAACCUUUGCUUUUGCUUUGAUCAAGUACUCACCUCUGAAGUACAACAAUGAAUAUGUGUAUCCAUGGUGGGGCAAUGGGAUUGGCUGGAUCCUGGCCCUGUCCUCCAUGAUGUGCAUCCCACUCUGGAUAGCAGCAAAACUGCACUACACAUCCGGAACACUCAAAGAGCGCCUCAUCCUGUUGACGACUCCCUCCUCUGAGUUACCGAAGACGAAGCAGGACCAGGAGAAGCUGCUCGCAAUCUACUCGGCAGAUGGCGAAAGUCACCAUCAGAGAUCAGCUCCCAACAAAGAUGGCUACUUUCCCGUUGAUGAGAAGGAGUCUCACUGUUAGAGACCAACCCCAUCCUAACAACAGUCUCUUCAAUACCUCACGAGAGAAGCUGUCAGACAGAUGCAACAGACUGAAGAGGUGUGUGACCUGUACAUGCUGCUGGAGAGUUCUCCUACACUGCCUUCAACUUACACAUACAGGAUAUAAGUGUUCCUAAUUAUGGAGUAUAAUCAUAUUUCAGAGAGUUUAUUCUUAUUUACCAGCAGCAGAAUCACGAGUACAUUUUUAAAAAAGGCCAUUGUUGAAACACAGUGGCUAAGAAUUUACAUAUGAUCAUUUCUGCUUUCUAAGGAAGCAUCUUUUUUUGUUAUGGACAUCUCUAAUGUUCAGUUAGUCUGACACGACAUUCCGGUAACUUCACUGAUCCUAACAAAUACAAAUGCAGCUCAAGAGAUGUCACGAAAGGGUACAGAUCACUAAAGCUCACUGUGAAUGAAAGAUAUGUGUUCAAAUGCAGAGUGUUACUGUUUGUAUUGUGCAGGAGAGAAUCAUCUCAGGAGGUAAAUUUUCUAAUAAAACAUAAUCUGUGAAGACAUAUUAGUGAUGAAUUCUUGAGGAUGUAAGAAUUGGAAUUUAUUUUUAGCCAACUGACCUCUACUCACAGUUUACUUUUGUUUUUAUCUCCAUUUAAAUGUUAAUAUGACAAUUAUAAAAAAUAUUGUGUUUGUAUAUUUUUGUUUUGCAAUGGGGCAUGAGUAUGUGAAGGGUUUCCCCCACAAUCCUCUUGAUAUGACCUCAUUUUAGCCCACUUUGCCUUGUAUCUAUGCCUCAUGUAUUGCAUUGUAUGAAAUUAAAUGUAAAGUGCCUGAAGGUGAUGGUUGUGCCACUUCGAUAAAAAGCACAGACUGGCUGUUUGAAGGGAUUAAUUCCACUAUGAGCAUACCUCCCUUACUGUCUGUUUCUGCUGUAUGAAAUGAACUACAUGAUGAGUUUCUUUAGAUUCUUUUAUUGGAAUGAACUUAUGAUCAUCGAUUACUGAUAAGGAACACUUUUACUUUAACUUUUAUAUGUUUAAAUUUUAUACUGAAUAAAAAAUGCCUUUAAUUGAAACAUACUGUACAUUUAUAUUCAAAUGUAUGCUUUUUUAGACCAUGCAUUUCAUUGUGCAAUACAUGA